UUAUCAGUAGUUUGUGUUUGCUUCGAUCCUAUGAAUUGAAAUGGAAAGAGACGCAAUUUCUUGGCCCGUUGCAUCAUUCCUGCUAUGGUACUUACUACAGAGGAAACCAGCACAUAUCCCCACCCACUUGCUGCGGCUUUGUAUUGCCACACUACACUCAGACAGACAGCACGUUGCGCUCCAGAGCACAUUGGUUUCAGCCAGUCUUGUCAGCCAGCAUAGCGCAUCAGGCAUUCUGUUCUGGUUACUCCUCACAUUUUCUACCGUUAACCUGCGUGAAAUGGAGAAAACGAACAAAAUUAACGGGCACGCUGCCAACCACACGGAAUGCACUUUGCCUGCUUCGGAGGUAGAUAGGGAUGCAAAAAAGGAUGGGCAACUAACGGCUCAGGAGAAGUUUGUACGUUUUUUAAAAAGAAAUCUUUUGGUCAUAUUGACCGUGUCUGGCGUCCUGGCAGGUGUUGGCAUCGGCAUGGCAGUCAGGAACAUGAACCUCACCCGAGCGCAAAUGACUUAUUUUGCAUUCCCUGGUGAGAUGCUCUUGAGGAUGCUGAAAAUGAUUAUUCUUCCACUGGUCGUGUGCAGUUUGAUUUCAGGUGCUGCUAGCCUGGACACUAGAUCUCUUGGAAAACUAGGAGGGAUUGCCAUCGCUUACUUUUUGGUGACAACGCUUAUAGCUUCUAGCAUAGCAAUAGCCCUAGCCUUCAUUAUCAAACCUGGGGUUGGUGCUGGUGCGCUGAAGACGAACAGUCUAAGAUUAACUGACACAGUGACAAACAACAAAGAGACAGUCGACUCCUUUUUAGACCUUGCAAGAAACCUGUUUCCUGCUAACCUUGUGGCCGCAGCCUUUCGAUCGUAUGCAACCGACUACAAGACUGUCUCGAUUGGAAACGCAACUGCUGGAAAUCUUACUUAUGAAAAGAUACCCACUGGCUCAGAGAUAGAUGGCAUGAACAUCCUUGGCCUAGUCCUGUUUGCCAUUGUGUUUGGAAUAGCUCUAAGAAAACUUGGACCUGAAGGGGAAGAAUUAAUCAAAUUUUUCAACUCUUUUAAUGAAGCGACAAUGGUUCUUGUAUCUUGGAUCAUGUGGUACGUGCCCAUUGGUAUAAUGUUCCUAGUUGGCAGCAAAAUCGUGGAGAUGGAAGAUGUAGUCCUCCUUGUCACUAGUCUGGGAAAGUAUAUAUUUGCAUCAAUACUGGGGCACCUUAUCCAUGGAGGAAUAGUUCUGCCUCUUAUCUACUUUGGAUUUACUCGAAAAAAUCCCUUCAGCUUUCUCUCAGGGCUCAUCACACCUUUUACAACUGCUUUUGCCACAUGCUCCAGUUCUGCUACUCUUCCUUCCAUGAUCAAGUGCAUCGAGGAUAAUAAUGGUGUUGACAAGAGGAUCAGCCGCUUCAUCCUGCCCAUUGGCGCCACAGUCAACAUGGAUGGGGCUGCCAUUUUCCAGUGCAUUGCUGCCAUCUUCAUUGCCCAGUUAAACAACGUCGAGCUAAAUGCCGGGCAGAUCUUUACCAUUCUUGUUACUGCGACGGCCUCCAGUGUAGGAGCAGCCGGGAUCCCGGCUGGAGGGAUCAUCACUAUUGCAAUCAUCCUGGAGGCCAUUGGCCUGCCGACCAACGACCUGUCUCUCAUGUUAGCUGUCGACUGGAUUGUAGACCGGACUACUACUGUAGUAAAUGUAGAAGGAGACGCCUUGGGAGCAGGAAUCCUCCACCACAUCAACCAACAGGAAAUGAAGAAGAAGAAGCAAGCCGAGCUGGAGACAGUGCGAGUGGAAGCCAUACCCAACAUCAAGUCAGAGGAGGAGACGUCCCCGCUGGUCACGCACCAGAACAUGGUGGUCAUACCUUCCAGAAAGGGAGACUUGGAGUCAAAAGAGUCUGUCCUAUGAACUUUGAACCCCUCCCCUUGACAUCAGACAAAUGCUGUAUGACUCAUAUCGGGCAGACACCAUUUUAUAAGUUUUUUUCAUCCAGGUUUAAAAGGUUACAAAGAUGUAUUUCUUACCACCUGGUAUAUAUAUUUUUUCUCCUGCUACCUUUAUAAAAGAAGUGCAUAGCCAUGUAGGUAAUAAUGCUAAACAUUCCUGUGUUCAUAGAUGUGUCAGUCUUGGGUAUGUGUAUAAUCAGUGUGAGGGGCUUUACAGUGGUUGUGAAGGAGUGUCAUGAGGGUCAGUAAUGGGUUGAAAGCGUAAAGAAGAGGAAUCCAUGUUUCCCCUCUAAAGAAAUCUUCUAAAGUGAUUUCUCUUUUCGCUUCUGGCAUGUAGCUUGAUUUUCACCCAGACCUGCAUUUUAAAGUGUUCGUAGCCCAGACCAAGUAGAAUGAAAGCAGACACCAGGUGAAUUACAAAAGUAAACCACUUCCACAUUUAAAAAAAAUAAACUUAAAAGGCAUUAUCUUUUCCUCCA